AUGGAGUGGAGAAAAUAUUAUAUGGAUCUGAUGCUUGUGCCAUUUGGGUUAGUGAUCAUCCUUGCAUAUCAUGUAUGGUUAUGGCAUAAGAUUCGGACACAACCCUUCGCCACAAUCUUUGGAAUAGACGCUGAUGGUCGGCGAUUUUGGGUUCCUGCCAUGAUGAAGGAUAUUGACAAGAAGAACAUAGUAGCAGUCCAAUCUCUACGAAACGUAAUCAUGGGAUCAACCCUUAUGGCCACGACAUCCAUUCUCCUAUGUGCUGGCCUAGGGACACUCAUAAGCAGCACUUAUAGUGUUACAAAACCAAUCAACGAAUCACUUUUUGGAGCAGAUGUGGGAUUUUUGGUGGCAUUGAAAUGUGCCACUCUUCUUACUAUAUUAUCAUUCUCAUUUUUUUGUCACACACUAUCUGUAAGGUUUGUGAGUCAAGUGAAUAUCCUCAUUUGCACACCCCAAGAUGUUAAGACUAUGGUGACCCCAGAAUAUUUAACAGAGCUUUUGGGGAAGGCGACAAUAUUGAAUAUAGUGGGGAAUAGGCUCUUCUAUUCAGCACUUUCACUUCUACUUUGGAUCUUUGGGCCUGUGUUAACUUUCUUAGCUUCAAUGGCAAUGGUACUUAUACUAUACAAUCUCGAUUUUGUGGCUGGGAAUGGCAAAAGCAAAGUGGAGGAUUCUAUCGAGAAUGACAUUUGA